UGGUGUUUACUGGUCUACCUGCAGUUUUCCCUCCGCUUCACUUCACUCACAGCUCCUGUCGCAGCAGAGAUGAGCGGACGAGUCGGAGAGUUGAGCCCCAAACAGGCUGAAACGUUGACGGAGUUUCGGGAGAGGAUCCAGGACGUCCUCCCCGACCUGCCUGCUCAGCACGACCACUACCUCCUCCGCUGGCUCAGAGCUCGUAGCUUCAAUGUGCAGAAAGCUGAAGUCAUGAUCAGAAAGCACCUGGAGUUCAGGAGGAAGAUGAAUGUGGACUCCAUCAUAUCAGACUGGAAACCUCCAGAGGUGAUUGAGCAGUACGUGUCGGGGGGGAUGUGUGGAUUCGACAGAGAGGGGAGCCCCAUCUGGUAUGAUGUCAUCGGUCCUCUGGACCCUAAAGGUCUGUUGCUAUCGGCGACCAAACAGGACUUCAUUAAGUCGAAGAUCAGACACACAGAGAUGCUGCAGCGGGAGUGUAGGAGGCAGUCUGAGAAGUUGGGUCAGAACAUUGAGGCGAUCUCUCUGAUCUACGACUGUGAAGGACUCGGACUGAAACACAUCUGGAAACCUGCGAUCGAGACGUAUGGAGAGAUCCUCACCAUGUUUGAAGAGAACUAUCCAGAGGGGCUGAAGAGAGUGUUUCUAAUCAAAGCUCCCAAAAUGUUUCCCAUGGCCUACAACCUCAUCAAACACUUCCUGUGUGAGGAAACACGCCGUAAGAUCAUCGUUUUAGGAAGUAACUGGCAGGAGGUGUUGCGUAAACACAUCGACCCGGAGCAGCUUCCUGUGGUCUACGGAGGAACCCUGACCGACCCGGACGGAGACCCUCGCUGCAGAACCAUGAUAAAGUACGGCGGUACGGUUCCCAAGUCGUACUACGUCCAGGACUCAGUGACGGUUCAGUACGACAACAGUGUGACCGUCAGCCGGGGAUCCGUCUUCCAGCUGGAUUACAGUUUGAUAAUGACAUCAGAUACCAUGUGUUUCCUCAGGUGUCAGUUUGCCAGUGACGGAGCAGAUAUCGGGUUCGGCGUGUACCGUCGGACCAAAGAGGGCGGCGGUCAGAAGGUGUCUGAGAUGCUUCAGGUGCUGCCCAGCGAACGCUACAACGCUCACCUGGUCCCUGAAGACCGCCGCCUCACCUGCCCCGAGCCUGGCGUCUACGUGCUGUGUUUUGAUAACAGCUACAGCUUCCUGCAGUCUAAGAAGGUGAGCUACAAAGUCGAGAUUCUUCCUCCUCCGGACGGACAGAUGCCGAGUCCUCACAGCCAAGGAGACCGGAGGCUGCAGUGACCGACAGCACGGAUCCAUGAGUGACGGAGUUCACCGAGUAUCGCCGAUCACUGACGGCAAAAUCAAUGCUUUUACAUCAGGGCUGCAUCAACCCUCUUUGGGGCCUCAGGGCAAAAAACACGAGCUGUGGACUCCAGUCUGAUCAUUGUGUUUGUAUCAGUUCAGUAUUCGUAAUCAGCCGGUGGUAACUUGAUUAAAUAGUGUUACUUUUUGUGGAGCAUUUAGCAGCUAAAGUAAAACAUACUUCCCUCCGUAGUUCAUUGAUUAUCAUGGCAGCAAUAUUAAAUAAUUGGCGCUUUAAAAUGCAAACUAUAAACCGACGUUCUUCAGGAGAAAUCAACCAGAAGGGAAUCGGGUUUCUAGAGUCCUCGACCCUGAUAAUGGACACCAGGUUUCUGUGAUGUAUAAGAAAACGCCCUGAGUGAUGUCACGGUGUACUCACACACCCUGGAGUACACCGUGACAUCACCGCAGCAAGCCCACAACGAGACUCUCUGCAGGUGUUGAGUUGCUCUUUAAAGCGUAUCGCUGAACAGAUUUAAGUUUACUGUCGGUUACACACUUGAAACACAUCUCAGGAUCGACUGUCGUCCCAGAACAGACGACAUGUUUUCACUGUUCGAAUUCCAAUAGGGAAAUAUUUACAGCGUGGAUUGUGCUGCUUUAUAUUACAAAAAUGAAUCUCUAUAGCAUUAUUUUACUAAACUAAGGUCAUUCUAGUUAUGGAUGGAUUAAUGAACAGGCCUACCUGAGGGCCAAAGCGUCAGGGGCCCCCUGGCCCUCACCUACGAAAUGUCACUCAAAGAGACGCAUCUCAACCAGAUAGAGACUCAACAUGUCCACUAAGAGACCAAAACAACCACAAAGAGACACAAACAGACCACGAAGAAACCUAAAACGACGGCAAAGAGACACAAACAGACUACAGAGAAACCGAAACAACCUCAAAACGACACAAAGAGAUUCACAAAGACUGUGAAAAGGGUGAAAACAACCUCAAAGAGACACAAAAUGACACUUAAAUCGACAAUAUAGAGACAAAAAAGACUACAGACACCAAAACAACCACAAAAGAGACCAAAACAACUACAAUAAGACUCACAACAACUAUGAAAAGGAUGAAAAUAACCUCAAAGAGACACAAAAUGACCACUAAGACACUUAAAUAGACGAUGAAGAGACACAAAGACUACAAAGACACCAAAACAACCUCAAAGAGACACAAAACAACCUCAAAGAGACACAAAACAACCUCAAAGAGAGGAUAAACAAGGAUAAAGCCAUUGUGUUGUAAGUAGAGGAGGGGGUGUCUCAUAAUCCGCUGGUGAUACAAACAUGAAUGUUUUAAAGAUGUAGACGUAGCAGAACGUAACAAGCUGCUCUCUAAUAUUCAGCAGUGUUUGUGUCUUAAACAUAACUGAAUAACAGUCUUUAAAAUAACACAUAACGUGUAGAACGUAGUUUAAUGUAGUUUAAUUUGUGUAUUUCUUGUAAUAAAAGCAGAAAUUGUGUAUUGAACAGAAACUGUUGGUAUUUAAUAUUCUAAUCUAAAACACGAUAAUAUAAACUACUACUACAAUUCAAUUUUAAUUCUAUAUAUAAAUUAUUAUUAUUUAAUUAUAUUCUUCCAAAAUGUUAAGCCACUAUAAUAUAUACAUAUAUAUUAUUCAUUAAUCAGUGAAGAUAAGCGGAUGUGUAACAUUUAAAUAAUCUCCUAAAUCUUAAUAAUUUACAAACAACACAAAUAAAUAUUUUAACUAUUUUUACAGUAACUUCAAACAGAAUCACUUGAACUGGUUUGACCACCAGGUGGCAGUAAGAGAGGAAAUGUUGUGUUACAUAACUGUCACUAAAUAUUCGGACCCAACAAUAAAGAUGGUGAAGAAAUAUUAAAAUAAGAGUUUAAUGCAGUGAUUUAAAGUUCAAAUACUUAAAAAGGUAAAAGGUCUAUUUGAGCGACACUCGUUUAAUUGAAAGUACCAUUAAGACAGUUAUUAUUAUCAUUAGUAUUGUAUUAUAAUAAGCCUUUUAAUCAUUAUUACACCAAUAAUAAUAUCUGUCAUAUAAUAACAUUUGCAUUGUUUUGUACUUAUCAUUGUUAUUAUUAUUAUUAUUAACAUGUGAAGUCCAAGCUGUGCAGCUAUUUCAGUUAAGUCACAUGCGUUCUUAAGGCGGUUAUUAUUUAAUAUAUUAUUAUAAUUAAUGCUAUUAUUAUACAGACGGAUGAAGUCUCAGUAGCAGAGCAGGCCUGGCUCGGU